AUGCCUGUUGACGUUGCCCCUAUCCGUUUGAGCACUUCCUCUGCGGAACCCGACCCUGACACGUUGGAAAGUCAAGUGCGUCAGCUCAAAAAGGAGCUCAAAGAUUGGGAGCAUGCAUUUGCAAGCAAGGAAGGGAGAAAACCGGAGAAGGCCGAUAUAACGGCGAACAAGGACAUAGCGCGACGAUACAAGGCGUAUAUCAAGCUAAAGUCUUCACUCGAGAGCUCACCUGCGCCGGAUGAGAAGACUGAGAAAUCGAUACCCCGAUCUAAAUCAAGUAAACAACGUCGGCCGGCCACUCGUGAUGAUGAGGCAACAGAGGGUACCGCCAAUGAGGAAGAUGUUAUUCCAUUGCCAACCGUUGCAAUGCCAAAACCGCCUCCAGUUGCAAAGAAGGUGCCCCGGAAUGCGGUACGGAAGGCCGCUGGGGCACGAGCUCUUACUAAGCCGAAAAGCAGAGGGGAACCAACCGACGAUCCCUUUACCAGAGACGUGACAUCGGACGGUGGAGAUGAUUCUGAAGCUGCAGCAGAACAACAAUCUCCGAGAGGGUCCACCACUUUGAAAGCAAACUUUUUGGACAAAGAAGCCGUUACGGCCAUCGCCACCUCUACUUUGGUUUCAGAAGAGCACCUGGACACGAGCUUGAACCCAUCGACGGCCAUAGCAGCCGAAGCCAGACCGUGGGGGGCAACAGCAGCUCUGCCAGAAAAUUUCAAAUUGAGAAGAAAUACAGUCUCAGUAGGACCCAUUUCCACUGCAACGCUCUCUGCGGCUGAGAAACGGCCAACAUCGCGGCCUGGAACCGCAUCUGGAGAGCGACGUUCGACUUUCAGCGAGGGAUCAAGACCAGUGACGAGCGCUGGCGGCAUCGGUAGCAAUACCGCCAAUGCAGGCAGCCUGCAGGAUAACUUUGGAUCCACAGAGGCGUCUGAAUUUCUGGAUUUUAUGAAUCGACGAAAGGAAAUUGAGAAAAUUACCUCCACGCAGGUACCUGCGGGAGCCGUUACCGCUGCCGAAGCCCUCAAAGCCAUGCAGCAACGUCCCAACUCACCCAACACUACGUCGCCUAUGAAGACGGAUCGUGCACGUGCACCCAUUGUAACCUCCAUUACAGUUCAACAGUCCCCCUCCUCCGCGAAUGCCAGCAAGUCAUCGGCGUCACCCUCCAUCCAAGCUAAUCCGCCCUCACAGCCUUUGACUGCUGCUCAACUCCGAGAACUCGCCAAACCUUACGAUCCGACUGAUAUUGACUUGGAGGACGAUACCAUCCUAGAUACACCUAUACACGCCAUCGAUCACCGUAUAUCGGCGUCAUCACCAACCAGCCGCCGAUCAGAUGCGCCCAAACCACCUAAACGACAAUCGCUCGCGUUUGUAGCCUCUCCACAACAUCGAGCCCAGCAACAGGAUGUAGACGACGGAGCGGAUGAGGAGGAAGAGGAAAAUGCUGGAGAUAUAGUGGCACCUUUGGCCACAUCCCCCAUGAACCCACAAACGAUGUGUGUUGGAGCCGAUGCGAUUGGUUCGGCAAUGAACCCAAGCCUGACCAACGCGCAGAUCUUUUACCGUAUCCCGCCAGAAUAUAUCCUCCGCUGCAAACUUUAUCGCAAGAAAAAUAUUCUCGACAAGGCACAUCCAACGUUUUUCCUAUAUAAUCAGGUUGAUGACACCUUCCUCCUCGCCGCACGUAAAAGAAAGAAGUCGAAGAGUGUCAAUUACGUUAUAUCCACAAGUCAGGUUGAUAUGAGUAAAGAUUCAAAGCACUAUGUUGCGAAGUUGAAGGCAAACUUCCAACGGACAAACUUCAUCCUCUUGGAUGCACGAUCCUACAAUCCUCGCGCAUCCAAUAAAGGGUUGCGAGAGCUCGCUUGCGUCAGUUAUAGUAAAACUGUUCUUCCCAGAGAAAUGUCCGUGGCUAUUCCCGCAACCCACAUUGAAGAGCUAUCGGAACAUUACUCAAAGGAUAUAAUGGCAGAUGUCAAAACCCAAAACACCAACAAACUACUCUUUCUGCGAAACAAGCCUCCACGGUGGAACGAAGUUACUCAGUCACAUUGUUUGAAUUUUGGCGGACGGGUGACGCAGCCUUCCAUCAAAAACUUCCAACUAGUCGGGACGGAGAAUGAAAACUUUGUCAUAAUGCAAUUUGGACGAUGUGGCCCGGACUAUUUUACGCUGGAUGUGCGAUACCCCAUGACUCCUCUCGACGCAUUCGCCGUGGCACUGACCACCUUCGAUGCAUACGACAAUGCAUGACAAAGUUAAUUGUUGCAACAUCAUCUUACGGUGCCAUGGGUUGGAGAAAAGUCUUCAGAUGACAUUGUAUACACCCAAAAGUUUGUUCAGUAACGUUUGUAUGUAAGAUUUUUAAAAGUGUAUACUAUGUACUGGUUUACCCAUAUCUAUUAGCCAGCUCAAUGCAAGAUAAUGAG